AUGGAGCAGAUCGGGAUCCUGGGGGCGCAUCUGCAGCAGCACGCUCACCCGGAGCCCAUCAGCUUCGGCAUCGACCAGAUCCUAAGCAGCGUGGAGCAGAGCUGCAUGCUGGGCGCCAGGAUGCCGGAGCCGGACUACGGACCCGCCGCCUACAGCAGCUGCGCCGGCGGCGGCGGAUUCCCGUGCGCCAGCGGCGGCUACGCCGGGGGCGGCGGGUCGUGCGGGAUGGCCCCCCUCGGGGGGGCAUAUCACAUGAACAUGAGUGUAAACGUAAACGGGACCAGCGUGAACUCUGCGGGGGUGAUCCGCGUCCCCGCGCACCGGCCCCUCAGCGGCGGCGGCGCGGCCACCGUUCCGUCCGUCAGCGGGGCCAUCAACAACCUGAACACGCUCACCUUCCCCUGGAUGGAGAGCAACCGCCGGUACACCAAAGACAGGUUCACCGGCCACCCGUACCAGAACCGGACUCCGCCUAAGAAGAAGAAGCCGCGGACGUCGUUCAGCCGGCUGCAAAUCUGCGAGCUGGAGAAGCGCUUCCACCGGCAGAAGUACCUGGCGUCCGCGGAGCGCGCCGCGCUGGCCAAGGCGCUCCGGAUGACCGACGCGCAGGUCAAGACCUGGUUCCAGAACAGACGCACCAAAUGGAGGCGGCAGACGGCGGAGGAGCGGGAGGCGGAGCGGCAGCAGGCCAACCGGAUCCUCCUGCAGCUGCAGCAGGAAGCCUUCCAGAAAACCAUCCACCAGCCCGUCAGCCCGGACCCGCUGUGUCUGCAGAACAGCUCUCUGUACGCCCUGCAGAACCUCCAACCAUGGACCGAGAACACUGCAAAGAUCAGCAGCGUGUCGGGCUGCGAGUAGGACCCAGUGAGCCAGUGAGCACUGAGGAGAC